AUGCGCUACACAAUGAAGACGUUGGUGCUGGCCACCCUGGCAAUCGGCCAAGCAUACGCUGCCACCAUGGGUCAUGUUCACUCUGCCCUUCACAGCCAUGCGCGCAAACACGACCACAUCCAACCCGAGAAACGUGACAGCGCCUUAACUGAUGCUGAUGCCGGCAAACUCACCGCCUUGGGUGUUGGAGCCCUUGGUAUCAACUCUGCCGUGGCCAAUGGACAAGCCUGGUUGGGCACCGAUGGUCCUUAUCAAAACGAAUUUGUCAACGAGUCCGGCGAGGACCUCAUCCUUGUCGUCUGGGGAGUUGCUGGUUCAUGGAUCAACGUCAUUCAACCUACCAUCACUGCCUCCAUUCCUGCCGGCCAGUCUCUCUGGGCCUCCUUUGCUGAUGGAGCCUCUGGUGCUUGGACUGCCAUCUACCCCGAUACUCAGCUCGUCAAUGGCCAGGCCUCCAACACUUGGGGUGAAUUCACCUUCGGUCAGUAUGGUGUGGUUGAUGUCUCUCGUGAAGUCAACAUGAACGGCCACCCCAUGAGCAUUGUCGGGCCUUCCUGCACCAGUGACAUGGAUACCUGCGUCUUCGUUUGCUCUAGCGGAGAUGUUUGCAUGUACGACUAUAUCCUCCAGAACUGCGAGAACGGAUCUCAACCUGGUGCCAACUAUGGUACUUACGCCGGAGCACCUUCGGGCGGAUGUGGUGGUAUGGGUUCUAGCGCCACACUCAAGACAACUUUCUCUUAA